GGGGGAAGGGAGACACCAGUGGAGGCGAGGGAGGGACUAUAUCCGGCAGGGUGGCAGCUUCCGACCAGUGGUCUCACUUCCGGAGAGACGCUUCCGGUGGUGGCGGCAGCAGCGGCUCUGGUGGUUCCGGGUGUCUUUGUCCCCCCAGUGUCGCGGCCCUGGCCCGCAGGUUUCCCCAAGAUCCUGAAAGCGGACCGCCUUCCCAAUGUCCCAGUUUAAGCGCCAGCGGAUCAGCCCGCUUCCAGGGGGACGCAACUUCUCAGGCGCCGCUUCAACAUCUCUUCUCGGUCCUCCCCCUGGUUUGCUUACUCCUCCUGUGGCCACAGACCUGUCGCAAAAUGCCAGGCACCUUCAGGGUGGGGAGAAGCAGCGCGUCUUCACUGGGAUCGUCACCAGCUUGCAUGACUACUUCGGGGUUGUGGANGAUGGGGUCUACUGCUCCUGCACUCGCAGUGUGGUGAAGGGCCGGCUACCCCAGCUGGGUGAGAAGGUGCUGGUGAAGGCUGCAUACAACCCAGGCCAGGCUGUGCCCUGGAAUGCUGUCAAGGUGCAAACGCUCUCUAACCAGCCCCUACUGAAGUCCCCAGCACCUCCCCUUCUGCACGUGGCAGCUCUGGGCCAGAAGCAAGGGAUCCUGGGAGCUCAGCCCCAGUUAAUCUUCCAACCUCACCGGAUCCCCCCCCUCUUUCCUCAGAAGCCUCUGAGUCUCUUCCAAACAUCCCACACACUUCACCUGAGCCACCUGAACAGAUUUCCUGCUCGGGGCCCUCACGGACGGCUGGAUCAGGGUCGAAGUGACGACUAUGACGCCAAGAAACGCAAGCAGCGGGCUGGUGGAGAGCCUUGGGGUGCUAAGAAGCCAAGGCAUGACCUGCCUCCCUACCGGGUCCAUCUCACGCCCUACACAGUGGACAGCCCUACCUGUGACUUCCUAGAACUGCAGCGCCGCUACCGCAGCCUGCUGGUCCCCUCGGAUUUUCUGUCCGUGCAUCUGAGCUGGCUGGCGGCCUUCCCCCUGAGCCAGCCCUUCUCCCUCCACCAUCCCAGCCGGAUUCAGGUCUCUUCAGAGAAGGAGGUGGCUCCAGACCCUGCUGCUGAGCCCAGCCCUGCGGACAGUGACCCCACUUACAGUUCCAAGGUCCUGCUGCUGUCCUCCCCUGGCCUGGAGGAACUGUAUCGCUGCUGCAUGCUCUUUGUGGAUGACAUGGCUGAGCCCAGGGAGACGCCAGAGCAUCCUUUGAAGCAGAUAAAGUUUUUGCUGGGCCGGAAAGAAGACGAGGCGGUGCUGGUCGGGGGGGAGUGGUCUCCCUCCCUGGAUGGCCUUGACCCCCAGGCUGACCCUCAGGUGCUGGUACGCACGGCCAUCCGCUGUGCGCAAGCCCAGACUGGCAUUGACUUGAGCACCUGCACCAAGUGGUGGCGCUUUGCAGAGUUUCAGUACCUGCACCCAGGUCCGCCCCGGCGGCUGCACACCGUGGUGGUGUACCUGCCGGACAUUUGGACCAUCAUGCCCACUCUGGAGGAGUGGGAUGCCCUGUGCCAGCAGAAGGCUGCAGAGGCAGCUCCGCCACCGCAGGAGGCACCAGGGGAAGCGGAGCCUACUGAGCAGACCCCUGAUGCAUCGACAGAGCAAGCAGCAGAUCCUUCUAAACAGGAUGCUGAGACUCCUGAGGCCACUGUGCAGCAGGAAACAGACACUGACCUCCCAGAGGCCCCCCCACCGCCCCUAGAGCCUGCUGUCAUGGCGCGUCCCAGUUGUGUCAACCUGUCCCUCUAUGUGAUUGUAGAGGAUCGGAGGCCAAAAGAAAGGAUCUCUUUUGAGGUGAUGGUGUUAGCAGAGCUCUUUCUGGAGAUGCUGCAGAGGGAUUUCGGCUAUAGGAUUUAUAAGAUGCUGCUGAGCCUGCCUGAAAAGGCUGUUUCUCCCCCUGAACCUGAGAAGGAAGAGGCGGCCAAGGAGGGGGCUGCUAAAGAGGAGGAAGCUGUCAAAGAGCAGGUGGUCAAGGAGUCCAGGGAUGAGGUACAGAAUGAGGGCACAGCUGCUGAGUCAGACCCCCCACUGAAAGAGGAUGGGCUUUUGCCCAAACCGCCCUCUUCCGGCAGUGAGGAGGAGGAGAAGCCCCGGGGUGAGGCAGCCGAGGAGUUGUGUGAGAUGGCCCUGGACCCGGAGCUGCUGCUUCUGAGGGAUGAUGGCGAGGAAGAGUUUGCAGGAGCAAAGCUGGAGGACUCAGAGGUCCGGUCUGUUGCUUCAAACCAGUCGGAAAUGGAAUUCUCCUCACUCCAGGACAUGCCCAAGGAGCUGGACCCCUCUGCUGUGCUCCCCUUGGACUGUCUUCUGGCUUUUGUGUUCUUUGAUGCCAACUGGUGUGGCUACUUGCACCGGCGGGACUUGGAGAGGGUCCUUCUCACACUGGGCAUUCGGCUCAGUGCAGAGCAGGCCAAGCAGCUGGUUAGCAGGGUGGUGACGCAGAACAUUUGCCAGUAUCGGAGCUUACAGUACAGCCGCCCAGAGACAGUGGACAGCGGGCUUCCAGAGGAGGUGCUCUUUGGAAAUCUGGACCUGCUGCCUCCUUCUGGGAAGAGCACAAAGCCAGGAGCUGCUCCCACGGAGCACAAAGGCCUGGUGCCCCAUAACGGCAGCCUGAUCAACGUGGGGAGCCUGCUGCAGCGUGCGGAGCAGCAGGACAGUGGGCGGCUCUACCUGGAGAACAAGAUUCACACACUGGAACUGAAGCUAGAGGAGAGCCAUAACCGUUUCUCAGCCACUGAAGUGACAAACAAGACAUUGGCUGCAGAGAUGCAAGAGCUGCGGGCGCGGCUGACAGAGGCCGAGGAUGCAGCCCGGGUGGCCGAGCGGCAGAAGGGCCAGCUGCAGCGGCUGCUGCAGGAGUUCCGCAGGCGUCUGGGUCCGCUGCAGCUUGAGGUGCAGCGCAUGGUGGAGAAGGCUGACAGUUGGGUAGACAAGGAGGAGCCAGCGCCUAGCAACUGAGGGGCCUUGCUGGAGUGCCAUUGAAGGUCAGCGAUGGAGCCCGAAGAUGUUAGAGCCCUUUUGGUACCAGAAAGCAGCUGGAGCAGGGCCUGGGAGCCACAGGCAGGGGUGGCUGAGCCCUAUGCACAGUCUGUGCAGGGGAUACCAAGCCAUCAGGGUGGGGUCUGUGCUAUGUGGAUGAUGUGUGAAGAACCCCAGUUUCAGCUACAACUAAACAACAUCUUUUGCACCCCUAGAAUGCCAUUUUGCCCUCACCUUGGAAUUUCUCCCAGGGCCCUUGUAGUCUUGUGCUGUCUCCUGUCCUCUUCCAGUUUUGAGUACGACGGGAGGAAAGGCUUUUCAAGCCCAUGACAAGGUCUGAUGAAGGGACAGACAUGGAGUCUGGCGGGGGCCGAGAAACCCCUUUCUCUGGACGGCACAAACCCUGUAGGCUCCAGGAGCAGUUCCUGGGGCGCCCUAUGGCCAUUGCGGAAUGGAGCCUGUGCUAGGAGGAGGCCCUCGGUGUGGGCUGCAGUCGUCAGUAGAACACUGUGUUCCAGCCACCUUAGUAGACUCGCCAGGAGAAGCCAGCACCCUCCCCACCCUGUGUUCAGAAUGUGGCAUUGGCUUUGGCCCAGCCUUUCCCUGUUACCCAUAAUUCCCGCCUCUUUCCAUAAUCCAUGGUUUCAGUUUG